CCAAUUCUGCACUACACCACAUCCAGAGAAGAGGGUCCAGCACUCCUCUCUACACUACAUACCUGAAUCACCCGCAAUUGCACCAUGAUGCGCUCGCCAGGCGCCACGCUCCACUGUAGCGGAUGGCGCCGAUACGCGAUUGCCGUCGUCCUGGCCAUAACGACCGCCGUCGUGCUCAAUACCUACUUUGACAUUUCUUCCAUUGUUCCGUGGCGACCACGACUCCCUACGCUGCAGACCUUCCCCGUCGCACCGCUCACCGGAGCCUGCGACGGCAUUCCGCCGCCCAAGUCGGACGCCCAUGAUGACGCCGCCGACGCCGCCGCCGACGCCGCUGCGGCUCCGAUUCCGAUACCGAACCUCGUGCACUACGUCUGGCUGCUCGCCGAUCCCUCUGUCCUCUCGUUCGACUUCAAAGUCUUUGUGAGCGUCUACUCCGCGCACCUCUACUUCCGCCCCGACCGCAUCUACUUCCACACCGACGCCGCGCCCGACCUGUGGGAGCGCGCCAAGACUUCGGGCGACCCGUGGACGAGGCGGGUGCUCAACAUACCCGGGGUGACGCCCAAUUUUGUCGAGAACCCGCGCUCGACGUCCGGGGGCGUCGAGAUCGACACGUUCGGCGCCAAGUCGGACUUUUUGCGCGCCGACGCCCUCCGCCGGCACGGCGGCAUCUACCUCGACGUCGACGCCGUCCCGCUCCGCGACGUCGCGCCCCUGCGCCGCGCCGGCUUCGCCAACGUCGUCGGCGGCGCGGUCGCCCUGCGCACCAAGCACGCCGGCUUCGUCAACACGGGCGUCUGGCUGGCCCGCCCGCACUCGACCCUGGCCGAGGUCUUCUUCCGCGCCAUGGACGCCUUCUACAACGGCGUCUGGGCCGUCAGCGUCGACAUCCUCACCGACCUCGCCUACCGGCUGCACGCCAUCCCGGGCGAGGUGCUGAUCGUGCACCCGCGCGCCUUCGCGCCCACCUCGUGGGAGCUCGAGGACCAGGAGCGGCUGUUCCGGCCCCACGGGUGGUCCGCGGGGCAACGGUCCUUGUCGGCUGCCGGCGACGGCGGCGACGACGACGGCUCGGCGGGGGUACGGCUUCCUGGCAAGGAAGGGCUGGGGAACACGUGCGCGGACGCGCUCGCGUGGCUGGCCAAGCGCGAGGAGCGGAGCGACGGGGCCGGCCCGGAAGGGUGGGAGAUGGACUUUUCGUCCACCUACGUGCUGCACGCGUUUGACGACUACGCCGACCAGGUGCGCGGGUGGGACGGCAAGAUCACGCUCAAGUACGUGCUGGCCAGGCAGAGCAACUACGCCCGCGCCGUGUACCCGGCCAUUUGGCAUGCCCUCGAGGCGGGCAUAAUCCCGAAAGAGGAGACGCAGUGACGGAGCUGUCUUUGGGUUUAACAGCGGUUUCCAACAAAGGAGCGAGGGAUCAUUGACUUGCGCAGCGCACUCAGCUCGGUACACUUUUUUUUCCUUUUCCUAUUGGGACCAACGAGCAAGGCACAAUUGGGUCAGCUCCGGUCUGACAAGCGGUUUGUUUGUCGCUGGCCGGCAACAAAUUUACGUCCCGGCUCUUGGUUGCGAGAGCGGGUUUCGGAUACAAUUUUUAAUGCACGAUGCCACGGACCGACGCAGAUAGAAACAUUAUCAUAGACGGCCAAAAGGGUAGUAGAAACUCGGCUUUAAAAUACCUACAAUAUAUAAUUACACGUAGGUAAU